AUGGAAAAAGCUGAGAUUCAGAUCUUCACUAUGGUCCAGCUUGAAUGUUUCCCCAAAGAAAUAAAUCUUCUAAAGACCGCUCUGGAGUCUAGUCCAGGCAAUUAUGCAGUUCCAUUUAGGAAAAGUACAAAAUUCGAUGAGUUGAAUCCUUUCAUAGGAGAAGACGACUUAAUCAGAGUAGGUGGCCGCUUGAAAAAGGCUAAAUUAAUUUACGUUACAAAACAUCCUAUUCUGUUGCCUAGUAAUCAUCAUGUCACUGAUCUCAUCAUACGUGACUUGCAUGAGAAUAAUCUUCACACUGGUAUUCAAUCGACUCUAUAUCUUCUCCGGCAAAGAUUUUGGAUUCUCAAUGGAAAAAAUCAGAUUCGUGGCAUUAUUCAUCGUUGUAUCGAGUGCAUCCGCCAAUCUCCUAAUAUGAUGCACGCUAAAAUGGCUGAUUUACCUGAGUCUCGUGUGACUCAAUCGCUGCCUUUCAAUCACACUGGUCUGGAUUUCUUCGGCCCUAUCCUCAUCAAAGAGAAGAAAGAUCGAAAUCGAAGCUUCAUCAAAAGCUACGGCUGUGUCUUCGUAUGUAUGGCUUCAAAAGCCGUACACAUCGAGCUUGUUUCCGAUCUUUCAAGCGAAGGCUUCUUAGCAGCCUUACGACGGUUUGUCAGUCGAAGAGGGGUCCCUUCGCAUAUCUUCUCAGACAAUGGUACUAAUUUCGUUGGUGCAAACAGAGAACUUCUCGAAAUAUAUAAGUUGUUUAAAACUGACGAGUUCAAAAAAGAUAUAAGGAGUUACACUCUUACAAAACGGAUAGAGUGGCAUUUCAAUCCGCCACUUUCUCCCCAUUUUGGUGGUUUAUGGGAAGCUGCUAUAAAGAGUUUCAAGCACCAUCUUCGUCGUGUCUUGAAAGAUCAAAAGCUUACUUACGAACAGCUUAAUACCUUGCUCAUUGAGAUCGAAGCUAUUUUGAACUCGAGACCCCUGUGUUCAAUUUCUUCAGACCCUAAUGAUCCUCUCGCUAUUACUCCCGCUCAUCUUUUAAUCGGUCGGAUCUUCAGUUUCUUACCCGAACAAAAUUUGGUUGAAGUUCCAGAUAACCGAUUGUCAACUUACAAAUUCAUCACCAAGGCCAGGCAGGACUUCUGGAAUCGAUGGCACAAGGAGUACCUGAACGAGCUCCAAACUCGUCAAAAAUGGCAUGAAUCUACAGCGGUGUUGAAGCCUGGAUCUGUAGUUAUCUUAAUGGAGGAUAAUCUGGGAUGCGCACGUUGGCCACUGGGUCGAGGUCUUUCCUGGGAGCGACGGCAUCGCUAG